AUAACCCAUUUGUUCGCCUUUUCGUUCGCCAUGUACUGACCAUUUGAAUUGCAGGGUGUACGAACUUCGUCCGAAACCAUAUGGAACCGAGCUGAAGAAGUGGCAGUAUGAUGAAGCGACCGAUGAGUUUCAUGAGUUUUGAAAUAACUGUGUAAAUAUACCACAUCAAAACAAAACCCUUCCAUGCAUGUGAAGAGUGACCUUUUCUUUUAUAAAAUUUCUUUGGUUGAAACAGUCUGGCAAAUUAAAAAACCUCUUUGUAUCUCCUCUCUUGUGGAGUUUGUACAUGUCUGAGCGAAAGCGGCCAGUACUUGCCCCACAGAAGUCUAAAGCGACUUCCACUGCUGUGAAUACUUUGGAGGUCACUACCAAAGCAGUCGUCACAGCAGCCGUCGACGAACCUGACUUACAAGACAAUGCCACCACUCCCGUCAUCGAUUCCCCGCCUCGCCAGCGAAAGCAUCGCCGUGCCCAUCACCAACAUCACCAUACGCACGAACAGAGAUCGCUCUCGGAUGUCGGAGAAGAUACUGCCGACGGCUUACGAUCCCGUGGAUCCCCCACUGAAGGCAGUACGCUGGAUUCCUUACUGAGGUGGUGGAAGGAGGACAAUGGGGAGAACAUGAGUGGAUCUUCCUCGGAACAAGCCAUUUCGAAAAUGCAUAAGAGCAAAUUUCCUUCGUCUGUAUCGACCACUCCAUUCAGCGAUGACGACAACUUUCAUCCCUCCGAAGCAAUGGCCGCUCUCAAGGACGCUGCCAGUGAGUCAGCCAUGGAUUCCUCGGCAGCCCCAGCGUCUCAUAAACAUGCUAGAAACCGUACCUCAAACGGCCGAUCUCGCAAAAAGCCUCAUCCCUUUCCAACGCGGCGUAUGCACAGUUACUUGGAAUCGAUAAGCGGUCUUCAAGGCCACGCCUUUGAUCCCACUUCACCUUCUCCUCAACAAAGAUCGUUUUCUCCUGCAACCUUGGAAACCUCACAGGAUUUGGAUUUACCUGACUCGAGCUUCUUUUCUGCUGUCAUGUUGAUCAAGUGGUCGAACGUUAUGGGACCAGAAGUCGAAAAGGUGUGGGCAUCAGAUGACCAAGCUGUGCAAACCAAAAAAGCGACGUAUACGGGUAUUGCCAAGCAAGUUCUGAACGGCGAGAUUGGAAGAACCAUUUUGGAGAUUGAGCCCAAGUUCCUUGUGCUUGGAGAUGAAGGCGUCAUAUGCACAUCGUUUUUAUUCGCAGAGUACAAUCAUCCCUCAUGCAAAAAUGGUCCUAUUGGAGGAACUACCAAAGCUCCCGCUAUCAAAAAGUAUUCUCUCGACACGAACAAGAUAUCUGCAUUGGUAUUCCUGGUGCCAUUGCAAUAUCUAAGAAAUUUCUCAAAUUAUUUCGAUGUUAUGGUAGAUCGUGUGCCUGGUCUGGUUGAAAAGCUUCGUCGCUUGAGAUUGAUAACGAAAACGCCCUGGACUAUGCUUCUCAACCACUUUACUUCAUUCCACCUUAUCCCUUUUGUGCACGGCAUUAUGGAUCUGGAGUCUGUCUCAUUACCCAAAGACUGCCUUAAGAUCAGCCAUACCAUUCUUGGCAUAGAAAGUCGUCGCAUGUUCGAUAAUGAAUUUGUAGCCAGGUUGAUCACAUCCCAUCUACAAACUCAUGGCUCUACACUGGUUGUCGGCACCAAUAUCACCACGAUGAAUAUGGUCAUCAAUACCCUCGCGCUCUUUUUAUUCCCGGAAGAGCGAGACCGUUCCAGCCAUACCAGAAAAGAGCAUCAAUACAUGCCCGAUCUAUAUGCCCAAGGUGUACUGGCUCAGGUUGUGGAUCAAAUGGAUGCCAAUUUGGACUUUUUAGUGUUGGAAUCGCCAGAACCUACUACGCUUGUUGAUUUGAGCCGGUUGACCAUUGAGCAGACAGCCGUUUUGCCAGAGUAUUCUAGGGUGAGAACGGAAUUUUAUCGCUUGGAAGAGGCUCACUUGGAAGAAAGUGCCUUGCAUGCCGAAAGUAAUUCAUGGCGACUACCGGCUCUUGAGGACGAGAGUCUAGACUGGACCCGGCAGAUCUUUCACACCGCUAAGGGUAUUGCACCUUGCGUUGCCUCCAUGCUAAAGGAAAUUGAUAGAAUGCCUCUUACCAUGCGAGAAGCCUAUGUUCGGCAGUGGCGCAGAGGUUUGCUGAGAAAGGCGCUGGCUGUCAUUAAGUUUCUCGAAGACCAAAUUGAUGUUGACUUUUUAUUGCAAUCUUUGGGACGAAGGCAUAUGAAGGCCAAAUGGCCUGCAGAAGCUGGGCCACAAAAGGGAACCAGUAGCCGCAGUCGGACCAAUAGCGCCGCAUCCGUAGACACGGUUUCUCGCAUGCGACAGGUUCUAGAGCUUCAAGAUGAACAUGACUUCUCCAUUGUCCUUGCUCAAGCCGAGAAACUCAAGCCUGGCAUCAUCGAGUGGGUCACUGUGUAUCUACAACCUCGAUCCACAGUACCUCCGCGCACAGCUGUAUAAAUUUGUAUAUCAAGGGAGGAACCCAAAAUUUUUUAUGUAGUUUUUGUACUAUAGCUUGGAUUAAUAUAACAAAUGUAUUUUAUAACGGUAAUUCUCUUUGUCAAAUACACAGAAGUAAAGGAAAUCGC